CACCACCCACCAGCCAGCGGAUGAGGGGCCGCGGCCGCGCCGUACCCGUAGACUCCACGAUUCGACUCUUUCGACCUGCCGCGCCGAUGCGUCCGGAAUGAUGAAGAUUAUGGAGUAAUUUUCUCACAGAAACUUACAACUUUGUCAGUCAAAAUGGGGAUUUUUCUUCGUAUGAUUGGUGCAGUUAUUGGGGUUCCUGUAGUAGCAGGCUGUGCUGCUGGCCUUUACAUCCGACGCGACUUCAAGAAACUUCACAAGUCCAAAAGCCACACAUUUGAGUCGGCAGCCAAGCAGUAUGCGACCAACCGCGUCUUUCAGCUGAUUGGCCAUCGUAUGAGAGAGAAGCUCGAUAAGGACACUCGGAACUGUCAGGAGGUCCAAACAGAGAUUCUAAUGUCCCGACUGCAGUCAGCAAGUGAAACGCUGUAUGGAAAGCAGUUCAACUUUGCUGAUAUCAAAUCCCCUCAGGACUACUGCCAGAAGCACCCUCUGACCAGGGCCAAUCACUACCACCCCUUUGUCCAAGAGAUUGCUUCUGGCACGCAUCAUGUGCUCACCAAAGACGAUCCCAUCAUUCUUGCUGUGACAUCCGGGACAUCUGGACACCACAACCUGGUUCCAAUGAUCAAGGCACAGUCUACGUAUUUCUUGCUGAACGGCGUCACUGUCUGUCUCGAUUCUAUACGUAAGGCGAUUCCGGAAACACAGCACCUUAGACGAACCCUCAAGAUCUUCUACAACCCCAAGUCACGCACCUCCCCUGGAGGAGUUCCGAUCGGACCCAAUUCGGCCACGCCCAAAUCCUCAAAGGAUUUCAUUGACAUGUACAGCACGCCCAUGGCUGCCUUCGAUAUAACAACAGAAAGGGAGGCAUUGUAUGCGCAUCUGCUGUUUGCUCUUAUAGAUAGCGAGAUUGGAGCCAUCGAGGCAAAUUUUGUGCCUCUCAUACAUAGCUUUGUGGAGCUGGAGGAGAACUGGGAACAGUUGGUCCAGGAUAUUGCGAGAGGAGAAGUGAGCCCUCAACUGAACAUUCCAGAAGAUGUGCGACAGAAAUUGAACGCCCUCUUGAGUCCCGAUCCAGAAAGGGCAGAGGAGCUGAGGCAGGAGUUUGAGAGAGGUUUUGACAACAUUGCCAAGAGAAUAUGGCCCAAUGUUCAGGUCAUCGUAGCCGUGGAUUCAGGGGCCUUCCAGGUCUAUGGCAAUAUGCUAAGAGAAAAGUACACAAAAGAUAUUCCUAUCUACUCCUGCCUAUACGCUGCCAGUGAAGGCCUCAUUGGAAUCAAUAUCUGGCCUUUUGAUGCGGAAAGGCGCUAUCUGCUGGUCCCAAAGAGUAUGUUUUGUGAAUUCAUACCAGUCGAGAAGAGUGAUGAAGAGCAACCUUCUACCCUUCUAAUGGAACAAGUGGAGAAAGGAGCCACGUACGAGCUUGUGCUGACUAACAUGAGUGGGUUCUACCGAUACCGCUUCGGGGAUGUUGUCCGAGUCACCGACUUCUAUAACAAAGCUCCUGUUAUUGAGUUCUUGUACAGACAAGGACAGUUGCUCAACCUCAGAGGAGAGAAGAUGUCAGAGGAUGUGAUCUUCAAGACAAUUCAGAAGACCCUUGAGGACUUGGGAGAGGUGGCCCUGGUAGACUACUCAACUGUAGAGAGUCCCUUGCUUAAGGAGAAAGCAUCCGACAAAACUCCACAUUAUGAAGUAUUUCUUGAAUUGGACGGAAAAGUAUCAUCUGACGGGGAGUUGAACAAGCUGGAUGAGAACUUGCGAGAAGCUUCUUUUGUCUACAACUCCUUCCGAGAAAAGGGCAGUAUCGGUCCUAUCAAGGUUCAUCUAGUCAAACCGGGAACGUUCAGGAAUUUAAGAGAAUAUCUCCUGACCAACACUCAAGCCUCGAUCAACCAAGUGAAGAUUCCACGAGUUCUGAAGGUUGACCAGUCGGCUGAGGUACUCAUGGCAGGCAUAAUAUAGUGCAAAAGCAAUCUUGUGACUAAUAAGGGGAUGAGCAGAAUAAUAUCUGUCCAUCAAAGUGCCUUUUAAAUAUUAGGUCCUUUAAGUUGAUGGUAUCUCCUUGAUCAAAAUCAACACUUAAUACUGAUAUUUCAUAUAUGAAAUGAAUGAUACUGUAUAUUUUGUUUUAUACUAAAUGUAGCUGGUCUACAUUGCCACAUUUUGUUCUUGGUGUAAAAGAAAACAAUGAUUUUUAUCAUGCUGUAUUUCUCAGUUUCAGCAAUCAUGUGGGAAAGAUAUUACAUGGUGUAACUAUGUAAAACUUUGCCUACAAUUUAAGAGGAGAUUGUCUUAAAUUUAGAAUGUAUACCUGUAUGUAUUUAUAAUGUUUUGCAUGUGGAAAUACAUUAGGUAAUACAUAGUACAUUUGAAUUUCUUAAGGACGAAGGAAAUUACCUUGUUGUAUCAAAACCCUUUUAAUUUUUUAUUUAAAUACACUUUAUAUGCAGUUGUACACAAAAUGUAAUACUUAAUGUAUUCUCUAAAUUUUGUUGCAAAUUGUCAUAGUUACAGUUUUGCUUGCACAAAAAUGUUUUGAAGGAUUUUGUAAGGAAAAAUCAUACAUAUGAUCAUGUCAAUAAAUUUGCUUGAGAUUUUGCAGUUUGUUAGUUUCAUUAUGACAACAAAUUUGAUUAAUUUACACAUUUUAUCACAGAAAGAUUGUAUUGUACUGUACCUUCGCUGUAAAUAAAUACCAGUAAUAGAGUUUCUUUGAAUGUAAGUAGGUGAAAUGAUUCUGAAGAUAUAUCUAUAAUUAUAUUUCUGUUGUUGAAAUCAGUGCAGAAGUGAUCAGUGUAUAGAACUUUAUGUUUUCCAUUGUGAAGCGAUCAUCCUUUUGUGCUGUUGUUUGGAUGAUAAAAAUUCAGAACUCUGGCGUUAAACAUCAAGUGAUGAUAUAUUUUGAUGUAUUAAGGUAGUAAUAAUGUCAAUCACAAAUUCAUUGGAGACAGAAUAAACUAGUUUCUUGUCUUGAUGUAUAUGUAGGGGCAGAUUCGGCCAUAUGUCGCAUAGGAAAAUGAAUAAUGACAAACAUUUGUACAAAUAGUGAUAUUUAGGGAACUCCUUGUGUAUCAAAAGUUGCCAAUUUCAAUAACACAUGCAGUUUAGUUAUACUCAUGCCACCGCUGUUAAUAAUCUGCUCAGUCUCCUUACUUGAAUGUGUUGCAAUAAGAUAUUCCUGCUGUACAUUUUAGUAUAUAUUUCAGGGAAAAAUUAUCAGUGUGUGUGAAAAUUGUGUUUGAGUUGUUCAUCAUAUUGAUAUUCUAAUGAAGUCAAACUCUUGUUCAAGAAUUCUUGAAUGAUUUCGGUUGAUUAUCACUGCAGUGUAAAAGGUUUAUCUGGGACCCGUUUCACAAAGCCUUUUUUCAAUGACAAAUGACAAAUAUCAGUGACAAAUCUGCUGAUAACCAAUCAGAAGCAAGGAUUUCAGUAGCUUAUAACAAAAACUGUCAAUUGUAAUGAGUCCGUGGUCUCUGACCUUCUGAAGUGGAUUCUUGAGUACAAUAACGUCUCCUCAAAUAUGUGAAUAAUAUCUCCUUAUCAUAUUUUGUAUCUUUCUUAUAUUUUGAAAAUAAAUGCAUUUAAAAUGUGAA